GUCGCCGAGCAUUCAGUCACAGCAUCCAGCUGUCACUCACCGAGACCCUCGUUCAGCCAGUGUCAGACUGCAUGUGGAAAACGGCGGAAAGCCCGGUCCUGAUAAAUACGAGACAAAGACUGCGCUGGAUGUCGGUGGACCUUCAGUGAUCAACAGCUCGGCAACUCCACUGUGUCCACUCCUACUACGAAGAAAGAAAAGAUGAGAGACCCGAAAGACAAUACCGGAGAUAACUGGCAACAUGUGAGCGACUGACGUAUUUAUAGCAAAUUCUCGAGCCAGUCACAGAGAUAUGAACAAAUUAGCUCUCACGAGUUGGUUUUAAUCAGCUAAUGCUACUGUUCUUGGUAGCGUGGUAGGUUCAGUCCGUGCCAAAAUGACCAGACUAUUGUCUAGCAUCGCUGUAACGGAAUGGGCCCGCAGGAAUUUUGGCACCGGUUUUACGCAGCAGACCACAUAGUUUAAUCGACCCUCCUCGAUCGAAGACAGUAUUGUGUGGCGGGAAGGGGACAAAGAAUGCUUACACAUCUCGUAGUGAUGUUAUGAGAUAAAAUAAAAAGACAUCAGUGAAACACCCUGCUGGUUCCACCCGAAAAGUGGAGCAGAUUAUCAACGUCGGAAUUCAAGUUUGGACCUCACCAAGUCCAAAACGACCUUCCCCUCCAAAAACAAGGAUCAUCUUACAUCUUAAAGCAUAUUCACAGACUCGCAUAGCGAGUCUGUGAGCAGGUGAGAGAGGGACACUGUCUGCCCCACUGUCCAGCGACACCAUGAGCUGGAGCUUCCUCACGCGGCUGCUGGAGGAGAUCCACAACCACUCCACCUUCGUGGGGAAGCUGUGGCUCACCGUGCUCAUCGUCUUCCGCAUCGUUCUCACUGCCGUUGGGGGAGAGUCCAUCUACUACGACGAACAGAGCAAGUUUGUGUGCAACUCGGGCCAGCCAGGCUGCGAGAAUGUCUGCUACGAUGCCUUCGCCCCUCUAUCUCAUGUCCGCUUCUGGGUCUUCCAGAUUAUUUUGGUGGCGAUGCCUUCUCUCAUGUACAUGGGCUAUGCUGUCAACAAGAUUGCACGAUUAGAUGAAGCCAAAGGAGGAGGUGGUUCUGCUGCAGUCAGAACGGGUGGAGGGGGCUACACGCACAGGAAGCCCAGGAAAAUCUGCUUUGGAGCACGGCAACACCGAGGCAUUGAGGAGGCCGAGGAGGACCAGGAGGAUGAUCCCAUGAUCUAUGAGGUGCCAGAGAUUGAGCCCCCAAAAAGGCCGCGGGACCCACUGCAACCCACACCAAGGCCCAAAGUCCGGCAUGAUGGGCGCAAGCGUAUCCAAGAUGAGGGGCUGAUGCGGGUCUAUGUUUUGCAGCUGGUGACUCGUACAGUGCUAGAAGCAGGUUUCCUUGCAGGCCAGUAUUUGCUGUAUGGGUUUCGUGUGACGCCUGUGUUCGUAUGCUCGGGGAAGCCUUGUCCCCACAGCGUUGACUGUUUUGUGUCGCGGCCUACAGAGAAGACCAUCUUCCUGCGUAUCAUGUAUGGUGUUACUGUCCUUUGCCUCACGCUCAAUGUUUGGGAGAUGCUCCAUUUAGGGAUUGGUUCCAUUUGUGACAUUCUUCGCCGUAGGCGCUGCCCACCUCAGGAGGAUGAGUACCAGUUGGGUUUGCUGGGAUCCAAUGUUGGUGUGGAGACUUCAGUAGGGGGGACGGGGCCUGAGGCAGGUUCUGAGGGAGGGGUGGGUGGAGAUGGGGCUGCCGAUUACGUAGGUUACCCCUUCUCGUGGAACACCCCAUCAGCUCCACCUGGCUACAACAUUGUGGUAAAGCCAGAGCAGAUGCCCUACACAGACCUUAGCAAUGCUAAGAUGGCAUGCAAGCAGAACCGGGCCAACAUUGCCCAAGAGGAGCAGCAGCAAUUUGGUAGCAAUGAGGAUAACUUUCCCACUGGAGGGGAGGCCCGCGUGGCUUUGAACAAAGACAUGAUCCAGCAAGCUCAUGAGCAACUAGAAGCGGCCAUCCAGGCCUAUAGUCAGCAGCAUCGGGCAGAGGAGCAGCUUGGGGACAACCAGGAUGACAAGCCUCAAAGUAACAUCAUCCAGGCCCAACCUCAGCCACAGCCGCAGCCUCAGAAAGAGCGCAAGCACAGAUUCAAGCACGGGAAAGGAGGCAGCAGUGGAGGAGGCAGCAGCAGCAACAGCAGCAGCAGCAAAUCAGGAGAGGGCAAGCCCUCCGUAUGGAUUUAACCCCAGAUACAGUGACAUGUUUUGAAACCAUGUAUAUAUUAGAGAUUGGUUGACGAGUAGUUGCAAAUUUCCUUGGAUAUUUAAACACCACUGUGCCUUAAAGAAUCCUGCAAGCUGAAGAAGAUGUGCAUUUGUGUUAUAGGGUGUGUAAAAACAGGUGAUGUUGCAGCUGACAAUUUGUGUUGUCUGGGCUAUCACUGUCUAACUUGAAACAUCACACCAAUACAAACUGUGUAUGCUACAGUCUGUCGUUUACAUGUCUUGUUCUCCUCAACUUCUGAAGCAGAUUAUUGACCUCUGUUGUCUCCCCGUUCAUCCUUUCUUUGGGAUUUAUACUUUGGAAAAUUACUGAAUGAUAAUGAGUUCUAUUGCAAAUCAGAUUGAUCACAGAUUUGGCUUAGCUCAUUUUCUGGCUGCUUCUCUGAGAAAGACACCAUCUCCAAUAAUAGAUUGGCAUCCUAAUUCUUGGGACAUCAAAAUACAAUGACAUCAAAAUAAAGUAUCAUCAUAAUACAAAGGCACAGGGAUACCAUGCCAUCACUUUUACCUGGUAAGGCUAAAGAAAUGACUUUGUGCUGUAAUGACAUUAUCAAGGAACAUCACAACAACAUAAAUACAAUAAUAAGAAACGUAAUUCAGCGGCAGCACCUAAAGCAGUGGCUCUACUAUUAUAGUAAGAACAUCACCUUCCUGAAGACCGUGUCCUGUCAUGUUCUGUCUGCUUUCUCUCCAGUGUCGAUCAGUGUUACGUUGCUGUGACUUUGCAUUUGACAGUGUUUGUAUAUGUUUCCUGUGGUUUGUUUAGUUUAGUUUUUUUUAUAACUGUACUACACUAGCUGCUGCUCAGAAACCGUGGAGUACAGUGUCAUUUUUUAUUCAGUUUAAAUCUGAAAUUUCCUUAGAAAAAGAUUUUCAUUUUAAGAAGGAGCAUAAGCAAUCCAGUUUUUCUACCUUCAGCUUCUCAGUUUCUAUCUCUGGCUCCUCAUGGCUAUUGAACAAGGCUGCUCAGCACUCCACUGGUGAUCCAUAUGCCUUGUAGUUUACUGCCCCCUGGUGGUAUUGUCUACAGGACUUCCAUUAUUUGGGAGUAGAUACCAGUUGCCAAUGCUACCUGCAUCCAGCAACACCUUAACCAGGUGUAGUGUUCCUUUUCUAUUGACAAGCCUUGCGUCAGUUAUGUCUUCCCAACACUACACAUUCAGUGUUAGAUAUACAAGGCUGCAAUUUCACCACGUUGUAAUGGAAAAGGUUUCAAGCCAUUACUAUAAUAUAGUGAGACCAAACACUGUCUGUGUGAUGCAAGUGUCAGUGCCAAGAUUUGAUGCUGGGCUGCUUUGAAGCCUGGUUGUUUGUAGCUUUGGAAUACUGUGGCCAUGCUACUCCAGUUGUGGAAAAAUGCCUACAUAACACUAACCUUUUUGUAAAAGCCACUUGUUUUUUAUGUUCAAGUUAGUGUUUUAUAUGAAAACACUCUUUUUUUCAAUGCCGUUUUUGUAAAAUAAAGAAAAACAACGCAACUUCUUUUAAAAAUGAAUUAGUUAUGGACAUGUAUGGUUAUUGUGUUAUAAAUUGCCUUCCAAUUGUAAAAAUGUGAAAUAUUACAUAGUAUAUUUUUCUAAUAUGUCGGCUACAGUGACUUAAUGAUGUAAAGAAAAAAAGCCAGACUUUUUCCUGUAUGUUACAGUAUCAGUAUUUAAUGUAUGUAUCAACCCUUUGGGCUGUGUUUUUAAUAAACAGUGUUACUCCUUUUCCAACAUUGUCUGAUGAACAGCUGUGUGCAGAGACAAAGUGGCUGAUGGAACCCCUGAGAAAAGGACGUAAAGUGCCAAAUUAUUCAAACCAUUCUAAGCUUUGUCCAGAGUAGCUUUCCAACUAGCAGCAGUUCCGGUCACUUGCUCAUUUCAUGAAGGUAAAUUGGGAGGGGGUCCAGAUUUGACAAUCUACCAAAUAAUGUUCUUGAUUUAAUAAACUGAAAGAUCUGAGUCUUUCCCAGCAAAGAUUGAAGAUUGAACUACAUUAUACAUUGUUACGUGACUUCCUUCACGAUAAACAAAUUAGUACAAAACAACUAUAAAAUAGAAAGAGUCUGGAGAUUGGUUUGUUCACCACUGGGUUCCACAAGUCUGUUCAACCAGACAGCCAGCAGCGCUAAAUUACCAAAAGUACUUCAGUCAGUUGCUCCCCAGAGCAGAGAUUGACAUUGGCUUCACUGACACUGCCUGAUCUGUAUAAGCCACAGGUGAUUUACUGAGUUUCCAGUCAGUGUCAUUAUCUUCCCCUGGAGGCCAAUCAGCUCUCAUUAAAUUUUUCCGCAGAGAGCAAAGUUAUUUACCAAGUAUUUACUGCUUUUUUGGAGCAGUAAACAAACUGAAGUAUAAAGCCACUAUAGGGCCCCAGAGCGAGCUUUUACUUCAGCUUUUUAGCUGGCCCACUAUAGGGCGACUACCUGUCAAAUGAAGGAGCGCCUCAGCCCUAAAGAAAAGAAUGAUUUGAGCAGGUGCCAUGAUGGGGGGAACUGAAGGACCCCAUCUGCUCAGAGUCUGCAUGACUGGCAGCCUGGCCUUACAUUUCCAAAACUAUUCUCUGUUGUGUGGCUCAGACUUGUCUGUUUAUAGGAGAAAGUAAGGAAUUCAGGCAGCUAUCCAAAAAGAAGAAAAUAAUUAUCUAGUGACAUGGUUGUGUAAUUGUUUACCCUUGUUUCUUUUGUCUAUUGAGAUCCUGAGGUAGAAAAUAAUAAUAAUCUAGAAAGAAAUUUUCUCUCUGGACAUAAAUUACUAUUACAAUUACCUUUUUAUUGUGUUUAAGGUCCUGCUUAUUGUGAACCGUGUGUAUCCAGAAUGUAACUAGGGCUUUUUAAAGAACAACUAUACAAACACAGGACACACCGUAAGUAAAUGUGCCCUGUGUGAUUUGGUACUAAUAGUCUAAAAUUGAUGACCCAAUGUGUGUUUUGAGUUUGUGACAAUGCAGUUACGAGAUAAUGAUAAAUAAGGUUGUUGGCCAGUUAAACACACAAUAACUGUUCUUUGUUUACAUACAUUGACAGCUGAUCAUACUUUGCCAAUAUAAUUUCAGCUAAAACAUAUUGCUCAAUAAACAUGGUACUGACUGUGUGCAGGAUUUUUUUUUUCAUGGUAGCACAAUAAAUUAAAGGUGGUGACAUAAAAUCCCCUAAAUUUGAGUUUUCACUUGACAUCGACAAUAAACAUGUGAGCACCCACAUACUUUAGGAUGGAGACAUGCUUUGGAACUGAAAGCCAUUUGAUUAUCACUCAUAUCCAGCAGCUGAAGGAAUUAUGAGCGAAAGAGAAAGUUAUUCUAUUUAACUGCAGCUGUGACCCUGUUGUACACAGCUACAGCAGGAUUGGUGUAAUCACAACGUAUGUGUUGAAAUAAUACCCACAUAGACAAUUAUUCCUUUGUGAUUUGUGUCUGUACUGUAGAUUAACACAGACAGACAAUUAAAAUUGGUUGGAUCACAUGAACUCUUUUGUGGGUCUAUUCAUCAGGGAUACCACAAUGUCCACCCUCAGCAUCUGUUUGUCUAUGUAAAACAAUGUCUGUGUUUAGAAGAAUGACUGUUGUGAGGCUGUUUUGUUUCCCUACAAGCAUCUUAUAAUCCCCAGUGUGGGAAGUGACACUAAAAAUAGUGGUAUUACCAGUAAAACUCUGAUUCAUACAUGUAAUUGUGUGUUUUUCUAUGCUUUUGUAAAAUUUGUUUGAGUGCCAUUCUGGUAUCCCCUGGCAAAAGAUUUUUUUUUCAUAUUUGUUGAUGGAAAUUUUUCAGUUGCAUGUGAAAAGACCUAUUUUCCUACAAAAAUAAAUCAGAAAUGCAUAUUGAAUAAAGUCUUAGAAUCUUUUGUUUGGCCUCCAUAGC